AUCUAAUUUUUAUGUACUUCCGGUUUAUUUUUGUAAAUGGAGAAGUAGGUUACGCAAAUUGGCGGUUUGUUAAAAAGAAAGUAAGUCAACAUGUCGGAUACCAAUAUUAAAAAUAGAAUGGACACGUUAAGAAAAUCAUUUAGACUUCCCUGGAAAACAGGAAAGAGAUACAAUGUACUGGAAGGGAAGGAAAACACAUACUUCAACACACCAAAACCAUCGCAUAGACGACUAAGUUCAGACGGGCAGAUACAAAACAUUCAACAAAAUAACAAGGAAAGUCGCUUCAAAAGAAAUACAAGUCUUACAAGAUCAGUUCGAGACGCUGUUGGGACAAUAAAACAGAAAUUCCGAUCAUCAACACGACAGAGGAAAAGGUUACGAGAUGAUAAACCAACAACUCCUCUACGUAAGACAAAGAAAACAACACAGAGUGCAGGGAAAUCAGCCAAUCAGAUGGCUUACAGAGAUGUUAAAAUGUACUCGCCAUUUACCAUUGAGACACCAAGGAAACACAAAGGAAUCAAGACAGUCACACAGUCUAGAGCAUGUAGGCAGGAACAGUUUGAGACCCCUACCAGACUAAAGAGAGAAGUAGAAGCAUUAACAGCUAAUAUGAAAGCCCUCGCUGCCUUAACACCCAAUACUUUACAAGACAGAGCUUCUAGGAGAAAGUCACCAAUCACAAACGGUAGCUUAAAAACCAGGACGACAAGAACCAGCAUGUCAGCUAGAAAACAGAUCCAUACGUUUGUGUACUGAAUUAACCAGCAAAGAAACAGAACAAUUCAAGAUUUGUGAAGAGAUUACAUUUAUUAACUAUUAAGGUCAAGUUUUUCUUGUCAAAUGUUAUAACUUAGAUUAUAUCAUUGUAUAUGGUGCUUAGACAUUUUUGUUUUGAUUUGAUUUUUAUACCAAAAAUACUUUUUUUUGUAAUUUGUAACAUAAUGUAACACAUGUAAUAUGAAUGAAUGGUUUUCUAGUUUCAUUAACUAGUUAAAGAAUAAGUGAUAUGUAGAACUUUUUGCAUCAGCUAGUUUUAAGAAAAAUCUCAAGUUAAAUUUGAAAAGGUCUUCUUUUGGAAACCCACAUAAAUUGGUAUAGAAGUUGGCACUUCGAUUCAUGAACAAAAACAGUAGUAUUAAUCAGAGCGAACAGGGCAAGUCACAGUGUCAGUUUAAAUUUUGUUUAAAAUUGAUAAAUCUUUUGAGGUCUAAAAUAUUUAAUUCCAACAAGAUGUUGGAUUGUUGGAUAACUUGAGUUUAUAUUUUCAUUUUAUGAUAAGUGUUGAUAAGUUAUACAGAUGUUUUAAGACAUAGUGAUGUUAGGCAAAAAAAUAUCAUCGAAAUAAAUGAUAUACUUUUAACAUGUGCACUUGUAAGGUUGUCAUAAUGUAAAUAUUUAUAACAAUAUACUCAAUACCUGUUUUUGCUGCUGCUUAAACAUUAAUAUAGUGCUUUAAAAUGCCUCUGUCUCUUUAAUACUAUCACUUUCUACACAAUAUUGUGUUGUUUUUUGCUCUUCAGUCAGGUUGUUGUCUCUUUGACACAUUACCUGUUUCCGUUCUCAAUGUUAGUUUCCAUGUACGUGUUGAUUUAUAUAGCAUUAUUAAACGAUAACUGCUAGUAUAGGUUUUUUUUUCCUUCUUUUUCUUACUAAUUGUUCUUUUCUUAUGUUUAGUUUGCAUUUGAAUGAGAUUAACAAUGCUAUGUUUUCAAAAAUACUCUGAAUUUAUAGUAUUAUGUAUCAUGCUUUCACUCUGAUUCUUUCUUAGAUUUUAUAAACAACUUCAAUUUGUUUAUUUUAAUGGUAAAGUGAAUAAAAAAGCCUCAUACUCACACCAUGUGAUUUUAAGGAUGUUCGCUACUCUGUUUAAAAAUAGCAAGCUUUUUAAAAGACUGUUAUAAAUUGAUAGUAUGUAAAUAAACAAACUAAAAAAGCAGAAAAAAUGGAGGGUUCGUGAGCUUGUCUUCAAGUUAUGAACCAUUGAAAAUUUGGCAGGAAAUAAUUCUCUCUAGAUUUUUCUUUCACUCAACAUUGGCAACUUUAAAAAAACUAUAAAAAAAAUAACAAGGAUUUCAUAAGAUUUGGAAAUAUGGCUUUUAAACAAUAUGUAAUAAAAUAUGAAAAGAUAAGUAGGGGUUAGUGGGCAAAUUUUUGUAAUGUUAAUGCAUAGAUAAAACCAGAGGAUUCCGAAAAUCUGACAAAAAUUCAAAAAAUAAAGGUGCAAACAUCCUUAAGAAUUUCUGUGUGCACAAACAGG